AUGCAUAUUCUUGUCACCAACGAUGAUGGUCCACCAUCAGAUCAGUCCUCGCCCUACGUACAUUCGCUGGUGUCAACACUACAGAAGCAUGGGCAUACCGUGUCAGUCGUUCUCCCGCAUACACAGAGGUCAUGGAUAGGCAAAGCACACCUUGUGGGCAAAUCCAUACAACCGACAUACUACCGCCCCGCGCCCCUCCAAACAAACGCUGAAGGGCGUCUCACGAACCAUGGCACAACGCACAACUCCCCUCUGCCAUCCUCGUCGAACGAAGAAGAAUGGGUGCUCGUCGACUCGACGCCUGCUUCCUGCGUACAGAUCGGUCUCUACCACUACUUUUCAGACCGCGGCCCGAUUGACCUCGUAGUCAGUGGCCCUAACUACGGUCGCAACAGCACUGCCAUCUUUUCCUUAUCGUCGGGCACAAUUGGUGGCGCAAUGGAGGCAGCAGUAUGCGGCAUGAAGUCCAUCGCCCUCUCGUACGCAUUCUUCGACCGCAACCACGACGCCAAGAUCAUCAGCGAUGCCAGCGAGCUCAGCGCUAAACUCAUAAAACAUCUGUGGGAUCACUGGGAUGCAAAUACCCACCUUUACACCGUCAACGUACCGCUGGUUGAGAACGUUGGAGAGCGCAAGAUCCUAUGGACGAACAUGCUGCAGAACUCGUGGAAGAGCGGAAGCUGUUUCCAAGUCGUCGAAGUACCGUCCGAAGCUGACGACACACCGUCAGACAUUGAGGGUCAGAUACGCAAACAAGAGGAGAAGUUUGGGAAGAAGGAGCUGAAGGCGAACUCUGAAAUACAAGGUGGAGUGUCGGGCACAGACAGUGGGCGAGAAACGCCUUCAGGUCAGGCCCAUAUGCGGUAUACACACAAGCACUUCAAAUGGGCACCGACUUUCAAAGAUGUGUAUGAGAGUGUUGAGGCCAGUGAGCCCGGCAAUGAUGGAUGGGCGGUCGCGCAGGGCUUUACCAGUGUGACUCCACUACGGGCAAACUUUAUGCAUGUGAAUGGGUUUGAGGGAGAAAUCAAGCUGGGUGCGGGGGCUUCGUAG